AUGAGUGACAUUGCAAUCGUUGGAUACUCGUUCAAGCUCCCGCAAGGUGUUGAGGAUGACGAUGCUUUCUGGGAUGUUCUCGAGAACCGACGAAACCUGAUGGCAGACUGGCCUGAAAGUCGCGUCAAGAUAGAUUCAUUUACCAGUAACAAGCAUCAGAAGUGGAAUGGAAAGGGAGGGCAUUUCAUCAUCGAUGAUGUCGCCGCCUUCGACGCCCCCUUCUUCUCACUCACGGCGAAAGAAGCUUCGGCGAUGGAUCCGAUGCAGCGCUGGACAUUGGAAGCUACUUACCACGCUUUCGAGAAUGCGGGCCUCUCAGUUGACAGUCUCAAGGGCUCUCGCACUGCCGUCUUCUCGGCCUCUAUGCUGGAGGACUACAGCAGAAUGACGGCCGUGGACCCAGAUAACUUGGAGCGAACAGCUGUAACUGGAAGCACUGUCUCCUGUAUCAUUCCCAACCGUGUCAGCUGGUACUUUGACCUUCGUGGGCCAAGUAUUCACGUCAAUACUGCCUGCUCUAGUAGCUUGUCGGCUGUCGAUAUGGCCUGCAAAGCUCUGAAGAGCGGUGAUGCUUCAUGUGCUGUCGUGACCGGUGCAAACCUUCUUCUUGACCCAAGCAUCUUUCAGGUUCUGGCGAACCAAGGAUUUCUCUCGCCUGAUGGCGUUUGCUACAGCUUUGAAGAGAGGGCCAACGGGUAUGCACGCGGUGAAGGAGUCAUUGCUGUUGUUCUGAAGCCUGUGCAAGCUGCGAUUGAGAAUGGGGAUAUGAUUCGUGCCGUGAUUCGGUCGAUCGGCUCGAACCAGGACGGACAUACGCCGAUUCUCACGCAGCCGAGCUCGCAAUCUCAGGAGGACCUCAUGCGUCAUGUUUACACGCAAGCUGGUUUGUCGAUGAGCGAAACUCGAUACGUUGAAGCUCAUGGCACUGGUACGCCUGUUGGCGACCCAAUUGAGGUGAAAGCUGUCGGGCGGUGCUUUCAAGUGCACCGUUCUCCUUCAGAACCACUUUAUGUCGGCUCAGUGAAAGCAAACGUAGGGCAUCUCGAAGGAGCCAGUGCACUUGCAAGUCUGGUCAAAUGCAUCUUGAUCCUCGAGAAAGGUGUCAUCCCUCCCAAUGCGCUUCUUCAGAAGAUCAACCCAACUCUGAACGCAGAGACAUACAAUAUUGAGGUACCAAUGCAGUGUAUCAAGUGGCCCGUUCAAGGCCUCCGUCGAGUAUCUCUCAACUCCUUCGGGUUCGGCGGUUCAAACUCGCAUAUUGUUCUUGAUGAUGCACUUCACUACUUACAGGAUCGCGGCCUCAGCGGCAUCCAUAACUCAAACCUCAUACCAAGGCCUGUGACGAACGGCUAUGCUGUCACCAACGGACAUAGCGCAGCUCAUACCAAUGGUACCAACGGAACCAAUGGGACUAAUGGUGUAGCAAAUGGCCACUCAGACGUCGAACUUCCCAAGCUUCUAGUAUGGACUGCUGCCGACGAAAAGGCAGCCAAGCGCAUUAUCGAAGCUUAUCACAACUUUUAUAAAGAAAAGGUCUCAGGAAGUCGUAAGAAGCUGGACUAUUUGGCAUCUACUCUGUGUACACGCCGAAGUAACAUGCUUUGGAGAGCCUCUGCUGUGGUUGACGGAUCAGGAAAGCAAGCAUUGUCACCUUCAAAGCCUAUCAGAAGCAGCGAGGAUCUUGGACUGGCUUUUGUGUUUACAGGUCAAGGCGCGCAGUAUAUCAACAUGGGCUUUGGUCUCGAGCAGUACUCAGUUUACCACGAGACUCUCAAGAGGAUUGGAGAAAUCUACUCCAGCUUCGGGUGCUCGUGGAACCCAUUUGGCAACUGUGGCGAAAACAUCAACAAGCCGCAGUAUAGCCAGCCGCUAGCAACCGCUGUGCAGAUUGCCUUGGUCGAUCUUCUUACCAGCUUUGGCAUUACUCCAAAGGUAGUUAUUGGUCAUUCUUCAGGCGAGAUCGCUGCAGCAUAUGCAUCGGGUGGGCUAUCUCUGGAGUCCGCUUGCAGAGUGUCCUACUUCCGUGGUCUCUUGGCUGGAAAGUUAAGAGAUGCCAACGAAUCAUCUCCAGGCGCCAUGCUGUCCAUUAACCUGGCACCGCAUCACGUCUCGGAGUAUCUGGAGAAAAUAGGUGUCACUACAGUCAAUGUUGCAUGCAUCAACAGCCCUCUCAACGUCACUCUCUCGGGGCCUGAAGAGUCCAUCGACAAGAUUAGGUCUCAGGCUGAUCAAGAUGGCAUAUUUGCGCAAAAGCUCAAGACCGGGGUUGCGUAUCACUCACCAUCUAUGAAAGCCAUCGCGAGCGAGUAUCUUGCUGCACUCGGAGGACUCAUAAAGAGAAAGGAUGGGACUAGCAUCCCACUGGUCUCAUCUGUCACCGGCAAAAGCAUUUCUCCAGAGGCACUGUCGACUAGUCAAUACUGGGUUGACAAUAUGCUGUCACCCGUCCGAUUCGCUGAAGUAGUGCAGGUCAUUGCAAACAAGAACUCGGCACGCAAAGUUGGCUUGGGCAACAUCACUGACUUGAUUGAGAUUGGUCCUCACCCAGCUCUUCGAAGGCCCGUGAAAGACACCUUGGAUGAGAUGCCCAGUGCGGCAAAGGGAGUAAGAUACAACUAUGUCUUGCAUAGAUCGCACCCGCCAGUCCAGACCACUCUGGAACUUGCCGGACAACUAUUCUGCCAAGGUUAUCCCAUUUCCAUAUCGACAGCCAACCGAAAAAACACGAAGGAGAAGUUUAUAGUUGACUGCCCCAAGUAUCCCUUUGACAGAUCACAGCGAUACUGGGCUGAGUCACGUCUAAGUAGAGACUUCAGACUACGGGAGGUUGUCAAGGGAGAGUUGCUUGGGGUGAGGGUUUCUGACUGGAACCCACUAGAGCCUCGAUGGAGGAAUUUCUGGAGCAUUGACUCGUCUCCAUGGACUGGAGAUCACAAAAUCAGCGAUACUGUGCUGUUUCCAGCAUCCGGUAUGCUUCUGAUGGCUAUUGAAGCAGCUGAAGAGAUGGUUUCAUCCGGCCGCGCUGUGUUUGGGUAUCUUAUUGAGACAGCUGAGUUUUUAAGCCCCAUCAUUGUACCGGAGACUUGGGAGGACCGCCUCGAGACACAGGUUAGCCUGCGAGUGGCCAACAAACAACCGAAUAUGAAGUUCGAUAUUAACAUUUCUACUUACUCGCGCAACGAGUGGGUUGAAUGCUUUAAGUCAAGCAUCUCAGUCGAAUAUCAGGACACUGACAGGAACGAGGAGCGACGAGUGAACCACGAGCACAUCCAGAGUCUGUAUCAGAAGGUAACCAAGACGUGUACUUCGCCUGUCGACUCUCGUGUCUUUUAUCAUGAUGCGGCAGAGGUUGGACUGCAAUAUGGUGAUUGGUUCCAGCUGAUGCGCAACAUCAAGUGGGACGGUAAGACCUCAGCGGUAGCACGCGUCGAUCUGCCUCAGUCAAGCAUCAAUAUCAGGAGCCUAGUUCACCCAGCCGUGCUGGAUCAAGCUUUCCAAGUUCUUCGAGCUAGCUCAAGGCAACAGCCUGCAGCCAACGUACCAGUCAGGCUCGAGAAUGCAUGGUUCUCUUCCCAGGCGUGGCAGACACCCUCGGUUCAGUGGAUGUCUGAAACUACUCCAACUGUCCAUGGCUAUGGGGAACAGGGCAAGGUCAUUGCUUUGGGAGAGGACGGAGAGGUCCUUUGCUGCAUCGAGAGUGCAGUUACAUCUGCUGUCUCGGGUGGUAUAACCCAAAAGGAGAAGAAGCUGGUUUAUUCGAUUGAGUGGAAGCCACAGUUCAGCAUACUUGACUCCAACCAACUCACACGAUUGUGCAGCGCCAACGCUGUGCCUAAGGAUGACAGUGCGAUCCUCACAAACCACUCGAAGCUCUGUCAUACAUUGGAGCUGGUAGCUGCUCGUGUACUGAAGCGUAUCUACAAAUCCAGAAUUCCAGCAGAUUUGCAACGUCAUGUCGAGUGGAUGGAACAUCAUGCCAGCAAGUUGUCAGCCGAACAUCAGGAUGAAGCAAUGAAGAUCAGUGAUGAGGAGCUCGAGUCUCGUCUGGCUGAAGUUGACUCUGUCCUCCCAGCGUGGAAGUUAUACACGACGUGUGCACGAAAGCUACCUGAGAUUCUGUCCGGCAAGCUAGACCCUUUGCAGGUCGUCUUUGAGUCUGACCAGGCCGAUAUCUUCUACUCAGAUCUCUUCCGGAACCUCUGCGCUGAUGGCCAACUAAACUAUCUGCUAGACUUGGCAUCGCAUGAGAACCCAGCUCUGAGAAUUCUCGAAGUCGGUGCUGGCACAGGUGGAAUGACGGGACAUGUCAUAUCGGCUCUGCAAGGACGUGAAAGGCGUACUGGAGGACUGGCGUUCUCAGAGUAUACGUACACCGACAUAUCGCCUGCGUUCUUUGAAACUGCGAGCCAAAGAUGGCCAGACCUCAAGAGCCAAGGCCGCAUCACUUUCAAGACCUUCGACUUGGAUCGCUCCAUUGACAGUCAAGGCUUUGAGCCAGGUUCAUACGAUCUGGUCAUUGCAGCAAGCGUAUUGCACGCGACUCCAUAUCUGGAAGCCACUAUUCGAAAUGUGCGCAAAGCUCUGAAGCCAGGUGGCUGUCUCAUCCUCCUUGAGGUUAUCAACCCCGAUGACAUCGCUACAAAUUUCAUGGCUGGGCUUGUGCCAGGCUGGUGGGUUGCUCGCGAGGAGUGGAGACCUCAUUCUGCCGCGAUCCCAGAGCAUCUUUGGGAUAAGUGCCUCAAGGACAAUGGCUUUUCGGGUAACGAUGUGGUGAUUCGAGACUAUCAAGAUGAUCAGUGUCACAUUAUGAGUGUCAUCGUCACCACCGCCACCGAACCUGAGCAAGCAGUUGAGGAAAAGGCAAGCAAGGACCGUCUUAUUACGCUCAUCAGUGACAAGGCGCCAGCAAAAGAGAGGGAGCUUGCAGAUCAAAUUCGUGGACGAGUAGGUCCCAAACUUGAGCGACAUUCAUCCGUCGUUCCAUUCUCACUGGGCCCAGUCCAGAGGGAUCUCGCGAACUUCACAAACAACGACUGUGUCAUCUGCCUCACCGAGGCUGGAGACAAACCUCUCCUCUCAGCUCUCUCGGAGGAACAGUUCAGCUGUCUUCAGUAUAUGAUCAGCAAAGUCCCCAAUCUUCUCUGGGUCACUUCAACGAACGUCAGCGACCCAGAGUGUCCAGACUAUAGUGUUGCCCAGGGCUUCUUCCGCUCCAUUCGUGCUGAGCAGCCUGAUACGCACAUCGUCACAUUGGCAAUCGAAGGCGAGAUAGACGAGGGUUCACAAGCGGGUUUCAUCUCCGAGGUCUACAAGACUGCAUUCGCUACUGAAGCGCCGUCAAAAGAAGUCGAGUAUAUUGUUCGAGAUGGUGUCAUCACUACAGGCCGCGCGAUUCGUGACAUCAGCACUGAUACCGCACUGCGAUCCCUUGUUUCGAAGCAGCUACAACAGAAGCCUUGGGGCGAGGGGCCAGCGUUGAAACUUGGUAUUAGCCAGCCAGGAUCACUCGAGUCACUUCGGUUUGUUGAGGACGACUCCCUGGCGGAGGAACUCAGUCCUCUUGAUGUCGAGAUCGAAGCAAAUGCCUGGGGUCUAACCUCUCGCGAUCUUGACAUUGCCCUUGGUCACCCUGACAAGCGGACCGAGAAGUUCGGCAGUGAUUGCGUUGGUGUUAUCACCCGAAUUGGUAAAGAUUGCAGCACUACCAUUCGACUAGGAGAUCGCGUCGCUAUGAUUUCUCCUGGCUGCAUGAGCAAGUACCCUCGCGCCAACGAAGCAUGUGUCUUCAAGAUUCCUGACUCACUGAGCUUUGCGGAUGCUGCCUCGGUCAUCCUCCCUGGCUUGACUGCCUGCCAUUCAGUUCUCAACGUUGCGCGCCUCCAAAAGAAUGACAAGGUCUUGAUUCAUUCAGCUGCAGACAGCUCAGGUCAGAUUGCAGUCCAGGUCGCCCAGACGGUGGGUGCCCAAGUCUUUGCUACUGUCUCGACAGCGGCUGAGAAGCAACUACUAAUCGACACCUUGGGCCUGACCUUAGAACAUGUCUUUAGCAGUGACUCUUCAUUUCUUGCCCAAGACGUGAUGAGAGUCACUGAAGGAGAAGGUGUUGAUGUGCUGCUCGACUUUUCCCGGGGCACAUUUCGCACACCACUGUCUUGCGUGAUCGAUGGGGGACGUGUUGUCAGCGUUGGUAGUCAGCACAAGUCAGAGGCUUCCAAGACAGCUGCGGAGAUCAUGUCAAGAAAUCUCACCUUCUCGUCCAUUGAUAUCUUGCGUCUGAAGCCCAAGGUCUUAGGCCAACUGGCACAAACAAUGAUGCAGCUCCCAGCUGAAGAUAAGGUCCAGCCGCCCCAACCAUUGCCGGUCUUCAAGGUAUCUAGUAUCAAAGACGCCUUUGAGAAACUGCAAGAAGAGGAGACCAUCAAUUGUGUAAUAGUAACAGCAGAACAAGGGGAUUUAGUUCCGCAAUUUUUUCAGGACCGCCGCCCAUGGACAUUUGAUGGCGCUUCUACCUAUUUAGUAGCGGGUGGAUCUGGCGGUCUCGGUCGAGCGAUUAUCAGAUGGAUGGCCGACAGAGGAGCCAAGCACCUGAUUGUCCCCUCUCGAUCUGGCGCAACAUCUCAAGUAGCUGCACAGUUGGUAGCCGAGCUGACAUCCUGCGGCGUUAAUAUUGUUGCGCCCAAAUGCGAUGUAUCCGUUCGCGAAGAUGUGGCAGGCAUGCUGGAAGACUGUGCUCGCACCAUGCCUCCUAUCAAGGGCUGCAUCAACGCCGCAAUGGUUCUCCAAGAUGCAAUCUUCCAGACCAACAUGACAUCUGAACAGUGGAACCUCACAAUGCGUUCCAAGAUCAAUACCUCCAAAAACCUGCAUGAAUUUCUUCCCAAAGAUCUCGACUUCUUCGUCCUCCUCUCUUCUCUGGCAGGUGUAGUUGGUCAGAUGGCCAGCGCAAAUUACGCCGGUGGUUGCGCAUACCAAGAUGCACUGGCCAAGUUUCGGAGAGAGCAUGGUCAGAAUGCACUGUCUCUUGAUAUCGGAUGGAUGAUGAAUAUUGGUAUCAUUGCUGAAAAGGAAGCAUAUCAGCGCCAACGAGAGACGUCGAAUGAUAUGCAGCCCAUCGAUGACAAGGAGUUACUUGCGCUACUGACUCUGUGCUGCGACCCGAACAAUCCGAUCGAGUUACCGCCGCUAUCUGAGGGACAGGUCCUUUUCGGCCUCCGAACACCUGCCGAUAUCCUCAGUGAAGGCCAGCAACCUCCAGCUCUGCUAGAACGACCUCUUCUCAGUGCAUUCUCAUACUUGGUGGGUGGUAGCAAUACGCCAAAUCAAGCGGCUGAACCCGCUGAGAACGCGAGAGAUCUAUUCCAGAGGUCGUCGGAUGCCAGAGAGCGGCAACAAGUCGUCAUUCGAGCCAUAGCAGCGAAGCUUGCGCGAGCUAUGUCUAUCUCACCCAAUGAUGUUGAGCCAAGCAAGCCACUUUCGUCAUACGGAGUUGACUCACUGAUGGCGGUUGAGUUGAGGAAUUGGAUGAACAAGGAGUUCAGUUCUACAGUUGCUGUUUUUGAUAUCAUCGGAAGGGUAUCCAUUGCCGGCGUCGCAGAGGUUAUCGAGAGUCGGAGUUCGAUUUAG